GGUUGGGUUGAAACGCUGAGGAACCAGCUCGACGUUAACGUCUGGGAGAUACAGACUGGGGUGUCAGUGUGGGAACAGUCUUCAGUGAAACAGUGUGAGACCUUUGCAGUGGGAGUCUUUGAGUCUGGAUUUAACUUUCCCAUUAAGAUGUCUAUAUUCAGGAAGUUUUUCAAAGAUAUCAUCGACAAAAAAGGCUCCAAAGAUGACACUGUCACUGUGAAGGGUAAGCCAAAGCCCAAGUAUUAUGGGACAGUCACUCCAUAUCCCAACUUCAAUGCCAGCAGUGAUGCUUCUGUUCUUCAGAGUGCCAUUGAAAGUAAAGGAGUGGAUGAGGAUGUGAUUAUUGCGGUCCUGGUGAGGAGAAGCAACGAGCAGAGGCAAAAGGUCAAAGCAGUUUACGAAGCAUCCACUGGGAAGAAGCUGCAUGAAUCUCUGAAGUCUGUCCUGAGGUCAGAUUUAGAGGAUGUGUCUCUGGCUCUGCUCAUGGCGCCGGCACACUUUGAUGCCUACCUGCUCAGGAAAGCCACAAAGAGGCUGGGCACAGAUGAGGAAGUCCUGGUGGAGAUUCUGGCAACAAGGUCAAACAAAGAAAUUGAAGAGAUCAAGAGGGUCUUCAAAGAAGAGUACGAAACGGAGCUGGAGCAGGUCAUUAAGGAUGAGACCGGAGGUGACUUCGCUCAGGCUCUUCUUACCAUGCUGAAAGCCAAGCGAGAUGAGGGCACCGACGUUGACUUGGAUCUUGCCCGAAAGGAUGCAGAGACUUUGUUUGAAGCAGGUGAAAAUACCUCCAAAACCGACGUGUCCACUUUCAUCGACAUCUUGACCACAAGGAACAACCAACAGCUCACCAAAACAUUCGAGCAGUACGCUUUGGUGGGUGACGUCACAUUACCCAAAGCUCUGCAAAUGGAGCUGGGGGGAGACAUUGAAGACUGCCUCAUUACCAUUGUGAAAUGUGCCUGGAACAAACCAGCUGUCUUCGCUGAGAAGCUCCAUCUGGCUAUGAAGGGCCACGGCACAUGUGAGGACACUCUGAUCAGGAUCCUUGUGAGCCGCUCUGAGGUCGACCUGCAGAAGAUUGUGCAGGAAUAUAGGGCUAUGUAUCCAAGAAGCCUACAAGAGGACAUACUGAAUGACACCAAAGGACAUUAUCAGCAAGUCCUGCUUGGAUUGUGUGGACCUUUCUGAAUGUCUGUACUCACCGCUUUGGAGACUGAAGCUUAUUCAGGAAAAUAUCUAACUAUCUGCCUAAUGGAGUUGAUUUUCAAAUAAAACAUUUAUCCCAGCAACAAGUUCCUUCUUUCAGACAACACAUAUUUCUAAAAGGGGCUCGGG